UACUCCGUAAGCCUUUCAGCGUUUAACUUGGCUUCUAAUGACUUGCAGGCCUACUGUGGUUUCAGCGAUCAGCUUGCCCCCUACCGGUGCCUGCCCAAGGUUGUAGUCAGUGGUAACUGGGGUUGCGGCAUUUUUAAAGGCGACAAGGAGCUUAAAUGUCUGAUUCAACUGAUGGCUUGUGCACAGGCAGGAAAAUCCCUGGCCUACUGCACCUUCUGCAACGAGGCGUUCGCUGCGGAUGCUCUUGAGGUCUUUCAGCGUCUCUGUUCCAGCGGUUGCACCGUGGGUCAAUUGUGGGGAAUCCUGUCCAGAGUGAAUCCUGAAAGUUAUGCACCUCGACUGCCAAGCGUCUUCCAGAUUGUGCUGGCAGAACUUCCCGAUGGAGCUACGGGUUGCUAG